AUGGAAUUGAAUUUGAAUCUUGAGAAGACAGUAGUCAUGGCGGUCUUAAUAAUUCUUCGUUACAUCUCAACUCACUCGAAUAUCACCGUACCGACCGGUAGAAAGUCAAACAAUACCGACACGCAUUACCGAUCCUCUCUACAAAAAAUAACCGCCGAUCCUAAAACCGGCAAUAUUUACGUCGGAGGAAUGAACCAACUCCUUCACUUGACCUCUGACCUUGAACUUGUGACCUGGCACCGAUUGGGCCCAAUGAUGGACAACCCGAACUGCCCACCCCCCAACCUGGAGUGCAGGCACCAGAGCAAGUCACUGGUGGAUAGCUGGGUCAAGGUUAUUCUUAUUGAUCAGCACAGUGACAGGCUCAUCGUCUGCGUCAAUUUGUUUCAGGGUCACUGCAAGAGGCACUCAUUAAUGAAUGUGUCGUUAAUUGAUGAGGCCGGCCGGAACAUGGUCGUCCCAAACGACGAAACAUCAUCAGUCACCAUGCUCCUAUCAGCAUCGCCAUCAUCGUCACCACCACAACUACAUUCUUCUAAUUAUUUGGCACCACCACCAUCAUCAUCUUCUUCAUCAUCGUUAACACCGUCGUUGUCUCGUUUAUACGUGGCCGCAACGAGAAGUUUACACGGCUCUCCAGUUUACAGGAGCAUGGUACCUUCCGUCUCAAUAAGAAACCAUGAAAACUUUGAAUUAAUAUUUGACGAUGGCCUACAUGCAUCUUUUCUCGAAGUCGAAAUACAACACAGGGAUUCUUUUAGAGUUAAUUACAUUCAUUCCUUUCAGUGGAAGAGGUUUGUUUACUUUCUGACCGUUCAAAAGUCGUCGGUUGUCGUCACGACGUCAGGAAGUAGUGGCAGUGGUGGUACGACAAGUGGUAGUGGUCGUGGUAGUAGUGACGGUAACGUAGAUAGUGGAGGUGCUGGAAUGGGAGCUGGUAGUGGUAGAAGUGGUCCUGGAGGUUAUAGCGGUCCAGGUGCCAACGAGCAACUGGUUACAAACUACCUUAUUUAUAGUCAGCGUUUGCAGGCGACAAGCGAGCGGAUGUGGCUGAUGAGUUGA